GCUGUCAGGAUGUCUGAUCACAAAGAAAGGCUGUGCUUCGGUGGCUUCUGCUCUAAAUUCUAACCCAGCUCACCUGAAAUUCUUGGAUCUGAGUUACAAUCAUCUAGGAGAAUCUGGAGUUAAGCUGCUCUCUGCUGGAAGAGAGAAUUCAAACUGGGCACUGAAUGAUCUCAGGACUGAACCCCGUGGAUCACAGUUCAUAAAACCUGUUCUGCAGAAGUAUGCCCGUAAACUCACACUGGACCCAAACACUGCAAACAAAAACCUAGUAAUGUCAAACAACAACAGAAAAGUGGCAAUGGGUAGACAGAAGCAGUCAUAUCCUGAUCACCCAGAGAGGUUUGACUACUGGAAACAAGUGCUGUGUACAGAGGGUCUGUCUGGUUGUUGUUAUUGGGAGGUUGAAUGGGAAGGACAUAUUUACUUAGGAGUGACGUACAAAGGAAUCCGGAGGAAGGGGCAAGGGGAUGACAGCUGUCUUGGAUGCAAUGAUCAGUCCUGGACCCUGAUGUGCUCUAAUGGUGGUUACUCUUACCAACAUGGUAACAAAAGAAGAUCCAUCCGUACAACUGCUACCAGCAGAACAGGGGUAUACCUGGACUGGCAUGCCGGCACUCUGUCCUUCUUUAAUGUCUCCUCUUGCAAACUGAUCCACCUCCAGACCUUCCAUACUGAAUUCAAGGAGCCAGUCUACCCUGCUUUCAGGGUCAGGACUGAUCCAUUUAACUCAUCGCUGGCUUUGUGUUAGAUAAAUCUUUAAAUCUGUUUGGAACUCAUCUUAGAUGCAGUAGGGCGACAGAUCAGGGCCUUAGUUUAAAGUCACCAAUGCUAUUCCAGUAGCUGAUCAUUCAGCAAGUCUGAGUAAUUAAUCAAAGAGGCCUGCUCUGGCACAGAAGUCUCAAGCAGUUGAGUCUAGCUAGGGUUAGGUCAGGCUAGUUCAAGUUAGCUGGCCCACCAUUCACAAUUCACAGCUUGAAGUUUAGCUGGCUUGUGGGAACAUUCAUGAAGUGAAUGUUUGGCUUGGAGCUGGCUGCGGUGCAGGACCUUCGAGAGGCUGGACAACAGCAUCUUCAUCACUCAGUACGGUGGCGAUGAGGUUAGAGCACUGGGCAGCUUGACUUUGGCUGGCUGUGCAAGUGUGGAACUUGCUGGCUCCAGCAGCGAAAAUGUGGAGUUCGACUCUUGAGGUGUGGGUACGAAAUUUACAAAGUCAGCCAUUUAUUCAAUGAUGUUUCCUUGUAUAUUUUGCAAAAUUAUCAGAAUUCUGAACUUCAAAAAAGUAAUAAAUAAAUCGAGGAAAAAAAAAUCUAAAUCUAAAUUGCGAGAUUAUUCACUCAACCAUAGCGAAACUGUAAAUUUUGUACAAGUUGCAUGAAGUUUCUGUAAAUAUACUGUAACUGUUACAAUGUAAACCUCUUUUAAUUUCAUUAGUUGUAUGGAAA